AAAGCGGCAAACACGCAAACGCAACCAAAUAGUAAAUUGAAAAAAAGAAGAAAACAAAUUUAUUGACUUUUACUGAAACGCACGAAAUCACAGCGAAAGGGACGGUAGUAUAGCAAAUGUUUGUAUUUUUCCUCGUUCUCGUUGCGUUAGCUUUUCUUUGCACAGAGAAAUUGUUAAAAAUAACCGCAUUCGUCUGAAAACGCCGGGAAAGUGUAUCCAACCGAGCGCGCGUCGUCGCUCAUUCACUUCUAAAUCAUUUUUGUUUUCAGUUUUGUUGUUAUUUCGGCUGUGAACUCUGUCAGUACACAGCAAAUAUUCAUCGGUGCAAAUAAAUCAAAACAACGUUCUAACAAUUUUCCUUUUUUUCGCAAUAGACUCAGCAGUAAAAAAAAAAAACAAAUGAAUAAAAACAGUAAAAAUGUAAUUUUUACCAAAUUCAUAUACAACACAAAAUGAAUAUAGUGCGUAUCAGUGCAUCUGUAUAGAAAUAAAGCGGUGUUUAAUUUAAUCCACACAGAGAAAAGAGAUAAUAAAAAUUAUUUAUUUAUUGCGCGAGUGGGAAAUGGUGAAACGGCGAAAACAACACAAUAUUUAGACCGACAGUUCUUUGUGGUUGGUUCAUAGAAUAACCUGCGCAGCUCAAAUUUUGUACAAUUUGCAUUUGAAAAACUUGGUUAUUCUUGAAGAAUAUUGCUGAAUUGAGGAAUUAUUGCAACAAAUAACUGGAAUAUGUUGUAAUUUAUAGUUAUGAAUUUGAAGUAAUAGGUGCUAAAGUAAGGAUUUAUCCGAUUUAUCUGGACAUCGAAUAUACGCAAUAAGAUGUCGUCAUAUAAAGGAUAUGUCUCAUGGAAGCCUAACUUAUCACCAUACUUAUCAUCAAAAACAUCUCCAGCUACAAGCCGGUAUUCGUCACGCGAUGAAGUUCUCAGUAGUUCGUCGGAAUCAAAGCCAGCUCCACGUUUUGGAUCCAUAUCGUCGCCAUCGACAUAUCGACCCUCUUAUUCAGGUGGAACUUAUCGUAGCAUUGGAAUCAAACGUGAAACUCCAGUUACAUCGAGCCGUUGGCUAUCAUCAAAUAAAGAGCCGGCAACAAAGGAGACGGCAGUUGUAAAAAAAUUGCCAUCCAAAACUUUAUCAAAUGAUGUGGCCAGUUCAUGUGAAAAUAAAUUGGCUAAGAGUAGUCAAAGUUCGACGACAACAUCUGGAAAUCUUCUGGCCAAAACGAAGGCCAAGGAACAAUCGUCCACGAUAACACGACCGUCCAUUACUGUGGCCAAAGUACGAAUCCGUGAUGUAGGCUCAUCAAAUAGUUCUUACUCAACAUCAAAAUCACGUGAUCCUAGUCCAUGUGAGCCAGCCAAAGAUCGAUAUACAUCGUCUUCUGGCUAUGUAUCAUCAUCUUACAGUAAACUUUAUCCAAGAGGCACGAACAAAUUACAAGUAAACAGUUUUAGAAGUCGAUCAACCGGUCCGGCCGUUUCAUAUUUGAAUGGAAGUGAUGUUGGUGGCAGAUAUCGUCAAAAUGUAGAGCUCGUUAAAGAUAAUGCAAAAGCAUUACCAGAAGAGAGUUCUACAAAUGAAGAAACCUCGACAGCGGACAGUAUAAGUAGUCCAAAUGACACAUCCUCCGAACCAAGUGUGGAAAUGGUUGAGGUUAAUGUUAUUACAAGAGGAACAUCACCCAAUUUAUGUUCCACAUCUACAACAAAUUUUUCACGAUGUCGAAGAGUUGAAAUUGCAAAAACCAUCGAAAAGACAUUGAUGCGACCGAAGCGGAGGAUUAUCGGUGAAGAUAAAGGUGUUCAAUCGGAUCGCAUGGACGAUUCAACGAAAAAUUCCCGUUUCAGCGGUACAAGAUCAUCGACACCAUGGCCAUCUUACAUGGAAAAUAAAUAUAAUAGCAUGAACUAUUCACGCUUCAGUAGUACUUCGAAUGCCACAUCCCUGUCCAAAUACAGCAACGCCAACAAAAAUGAAAAAGAUUCCAUUGAAAGUUCACCGGAAAAGAGUGACGAGAAAAUUAUUUACGAAAAAUCACCGGAAAAAUCGCCAGAGAAAAGCCCAUCAAAAUCAUCACGAGAAAGUUCUGUAUCAAAAUCUCCAUCAAUAUCACGUAGCAAUUCAAUAAAAAGUGCGACAAAAACGGAAAAGUCCAAAUCGAAAAGUCCGCCGAUUCCAUCGUCAAAGAGCACAUCUUCAUCGCCAACAAAACAAAAAGUGUACAGCAAAGCACUGCCUCCACAGCCGCCUAAACUGGAAUCUCUAACCAAAACAAUUUCGGCCGCAUCGUCCUCAUCAUCUGCUAAUAGUUCCAAAUGGGCUAACAAAGACUUCCGUAAAUCCGCACUGAAUGUUGGCCAAACCGAUCGGCCGCGCAAAGCACGAACAUCCAGUUCAAGCACAGAUAAUGAAGAUAGUAAAAAGGUGCAGCAGAAACCGACUACAAAUCAAAUGUCAUUUGCACGAUCUGAUCGUUCACCCAGUGUUAGCUCAGAGACAAGUUAUUCAAGUGGUGGUGGCGGUGGUGGCGGCGGUGACGGCGGCGGCAACAACAGCAACGCUGACGACAUGACGAAAAACUUUUUGAAAUUAAAAAUAUCGCAGCCGCCAACUGCCGCAACACCGACUGCGCCAUCUGAUUCAAGCGACGUGAUGCAUUCAAAUAGCAAUGAUAUGACGUGUGAAUUAACAUCCAAUCCAAACGGUACGGUGCAAAAUCGAACAAACGAAUCAUCAACACACACUAGUGAAUCAUGCGCGAAAAUUGAUAAUACAAAAUCGAGUAUUAUGAAAUGUGUACUCGGCCCCGUCACAAAAAUAUCUAAAACGAAAUCGCAACUGCUUGGCGAGAGUCAAAACGGUUCUGAUCACGAAAGCGUGAUUAGUACAAACGAUAGCAUUAAGCAAGACACUUUAAUCGAAUCUGUGCUUAAUCAAACGACAUCGAACGGAACGAAAUUAAUUUGUAGCAAUAAUUAUUUAGCAGACGAAUCGAGUUGGAUCAAUUCAACACUAGACGAACAAACGACCGACACUCAAUUUGACAAAUUUCAAGGCUCCAAAACGAUAAACAUGAAAAGUCAAUUGAAGCUCAAUGACUCCAGCCAUCAAUUUCCAUGGUGGAUGAAUGAAACUGAAAAUGACGAUACCAUCGCCGAGGAUAUUACGCUGAAUCAGAGUGAUAACGAAACGAAGACCCAAAUCAAUAGUGUGGAUGUAGUAGAUGCUAGCCAAACGACUUCAUCAAUCCCAUGGUGGAUGGUGGAUGAGAACAACAGUGAAAAUCGACAAAAGUUUCGCAUUACGCAUGUUCGUUCGGGUGAACGAGCCUGGUGGCUUGACGAAGACACCGAAGAAAGUGUGAACGACAUUCUAGAAGCGGCCGAAACGGAAAACGAUACCGGUUCAAAAUUCACGUUCAAAAUCAAGAAGAUUGAAUCAGGUGAGCAGGCAUGGUGGCUCUGUGAAGAAAAUGAUGGCGCUGCUCCAGUCGAAACGACUAAUCAAAAUGUUAUCAACGAUGAUAUCAACAAGGAUGAGAGUUCUGAUAUCGAUUUCUGGGCAACGAUCAACGAAUCCUUGGAAGCCAAAAGACUUGAAUCCAAAUUAAAUAAAAAAAGACAACGAAAACAAAAUGAAUAUGCCAAUAGCUAUCAGUACGAUAUCAAUGCAAAUUACAUACCACUUGGCGAUCGAGCCAGUCCUGAAGGUUUGGAAGAUCUUAACAACUCUAGCAAAAAUUGUUCAUCACCAUAUGACAAUGUAAAUACAGCCUCUGUCGAAAUGAAUUUCAAAAAAUUAUUCAUAUCAAGGCAUCAAAAUAUUGACGACGUUCUCGGUGUUCAAUGCCAUGCACUAAGCCCAAUUCGACUUAACAAUGAAAACGUUUCACUAGAAGAGAUUCUACCAAGUCAAGUGAGCAUUCAUGAUGCUACGCCAAAAAAAAUUCACAUCGAAAACGACAGACAAAAUCGGGAAUAUUCGCAACAAUCAUCGCACGUUCAGUCACCGUUCAGAGUAAGUUUCAUCCGGGUGCCAUUAGAAAAAGUAAUCCAUAAAUAAGCAGAUGAAAGUUCGUUAGAUUGAUGUGACAUUUAUUAGCAAUUUUAUUUAACACUUAAAACAUAUAAAAUACUGAUACAUUUUUGCAUCUGAUCGGACGUUAUGAAAACAAUUUAUAUCGAUCAACAUCAUUCCAUGAUAACAAUUCAAAUGAGCGUCUAAAGUGAAAGCGAACAUAAAGACAAUGUUUCAACUAUCGCAAUUCCGGUGGCAAAUCAAAGUAGGCCGUAUUUUUCCAUGUAGCGAUAACUCGUCAUUGACAUAUCGGUAUUUGAAUGUUUGUUAUUUAAUUCACAUUGUCGAUUCACUGAUGGUCCAUUCGUUGGUGUUGCAUUACGAGUGUUUGCGAUCGUUGUUUGAGUGACCCCAUUCGCUAAUUUUGGUGAGUGUACAUUAUUUAAAUCACAUGGUAGAUAUUUCAUAGCCAGUGCAUUCAUCAGCAUACUGUUGUCGGUUGCAGCCACACGGUCGGCGGGCGUUCGCGGAAUUUCAUUCGAUGUUGAACCAAACGUAAUUCUAAAAGCAAAAAUUGUUGUUAUUUUUAAAACUAAAAUGCGACAAAAAGAAUGCGUUCAUUCAAAUCGACGAUGCAUUACAUUGUGCCGAAACUUGGAACCUACCUUUUUGUCAUAGCAGAAAUAUUUACAUCAUCAAUCUGAAAGCCAACUUGUUUGAAUUGAGCGCUCCGGAUGUUCGGCAUUACAUUUGAAGUGCGUCGAAUGGGAACUUCAUUCAGGCCGUAGGACCGAUUCUCUGUGUUGGCCGCUUGUUGUGGAUUUUUUGGUUCGUUACCUCUUGCACUCGAUAUGGGCGAUGUGUUUUGCAGCACGUCAUUCACUUGAUUUAAAAUAUUCCCAUAGAAUGUCCAUCCGGCUUGAGUGUCAGAGCUAUUUCUGGGGCUCGUAUCAAAAUUAUCAUCAUUACUUCCAGAAUCAGGCGAUUGCAACUGCUUUUGUGAUUCACAAUUGCACAUGCACCCACACUGUUUGAUAUUUUGAUUAAUUGCCAUUUUAUUCUUGGCUUUUGGUGUACUAAAAUUUUCAUCGGUUUGUAUGGCACUUGGUUUAAUAUUUUGCACAUUGAUUUCCAAGCUUGUCAUGACGCCAACCUGUUUAGCAUGCGAAUCAAUUUGAUUGAUAUUGGCAUUCACAUCUCCCAUUAUUUGAUUAUUGUUAUGAUGUCUGCUCUCCAAUUGAUUGGAUGCUACAUUGGCAGAGCGCAUAAGUAGAACAUGAACCUGAUUUUGUAUGUUCAUCAACUGUUCUUGUUGCUUCAAAAUCACAUUGAACAUAUCCUUCAUCGUUGGUUCGUUGUGGCUGGAAGGUGUGUUUUCGAAUGAUUGAUUUGUACCCCGUAUCAGUGAGAGAUGGUCAAUCUGCCGAUGUUUCUCUGAAGCAAUAUGGUGCCCAUUCAAUUGGUUUAGAUUACUUUCCUUAUUAGCUGUGCUGUUUUCUGAAGAGUUAUUCAACUGCAUAUUCUGAAGCAGUUGAUACACAUCAUUCAGUGUAAUUCCUUUUGUUUCGGCUUGAUUUUGAUUAUUAAACACUUGGUUCGUAAUUCGGUUGACCAUUUGAUUUGAUGGCCUUUUGUAAUGUUCAUCUGAAUUCAUUUGAGGCGAUACCACCAACCGUUUAUUGGUAUGUGGUUGUUGUAUGAAAUGGUUAUAGUCUUGCUGUCGCACAUCUGCUAUGUAAUUGGACUGAAUCGUAUGUUGAUUAACUUCAUUACUUUUUCUAGGCUCGCAUAAACUCAAAUCCAAUUGUUGACAAAUAGCCAUGGGAGUACUUUCGAUCGGUGAUUGUAGCAUAUUUUUAGUGGGCUGAUUGUCAUUUGGUAAAUUAAAUGUAACUAUUUUCUUUCGAUCUGCGGUUGAUGUUUGGUUAGGUGUAAACUUCGUGGCUACUGGCAUUUGCUGUUGCUGUUUCCAUUCUUUAUAACUUUUAGGCUGUACCAUUUGGUUUGCAAUUGAUUUUUUGGACUCGUCAAAAAUUAAAGACACUUCGGGAACGAUUGGUUUUGACAUAUCCUAAGCAUUGAAGAGAGUGAGAGAGAGAGAGAGAAAAGUAAACUUGAGCUCAGUUAAUUGCAUUUUUGCAUGAACAUAUUCAACUUACCAAUACCGGGUGCAAAGUUGGUUGCGGAACAAUGCGUGGUACUAAAUCUUCACUAAAACUUUCGAAAUUCGUCAUUUCGCCUCUAAAAAUAAUUAGUUUUCUAUGUUAUAAUUUCAAAGGUGUUCCGAUUUUAAUAACAAAAGUGGCAGUUGUUUAAUGAAAAUGUUGUUUCAUUGUUGAAUAUUCAAAAUGACAGUUUGGAAUGAAGUUGGCUGCGUCAUAGCUGUCACUUCAAAAGUCCAGCAGAAACAAAUGAAAAACGUUAGAAUCAUUUGGAUUGAAACUAUUUCAAAAGCAUCAAAAUCGCAUUGUCGAAUAAAAUUGUAUAUUUUUUUCUAUUUUUUUUUUUUUACAUUCCGUCAAAACAAAAAUUCGGUUGAAUUCAAUUUACCAUCCAAUUGAUUCGAAUUGCUCAAUUGCACAUGUGAUGAAAUCUCUAUAAAACACCAAACGAAAUCAUCUGUUAGCGUCAAUGUAAAAAAAAUCAACAAAUUAGUUUUGCGGCCAAUUUCUGAUGAAAAUCAUCUCAAACAAAUCAGCAAUUCCAUCUCAUCGAUGUUCACAGUGUGCUUCGUUUUAUGAAAUGUCGAGUUUUUUCUACUCUGCUAGUCUGAACUAUUUCAGUAUGCAUGCUUUCAGACGUUUUGAAUUAAUAUUUCUAUAUCGUACUGUUGUUUUUGUUUGCUGAUCAAUAUGCGUUGCUAGUGUAUUCCCGAAUUGACUGUGUUCUGAAAGUUUUGCAGGUUUUUGCUUCGGCUGUAUUUUGGAUGUCUAAUACAAUACACACAAAUUUGGAUCGAAAAAUCGACUUUACAAGAAAAUUACACACACAAUUUGAAACCAUUCAUCGUGCAAAUCGUUCAUAGUUCUUUCUCCUUCUCGUCUGUUGUAUCACUCUUCGUAUAUUCCUUGUUUUUUUUUUUGUGUUUGUUGUUAAUUUGGGUCAAAACAAAAAUGUUCGGCUUUUUGCCUGGUGCUGGAACAGCGCCAAAAGUAUGAAAAUCUAUUAGUAAUUUUCCCAAUAUUUUUUAUAUUUAGAAAAAUGUGUCUGCAACUAAUACUGACAAUGAAGUUAUUGUCACAGAAUCACAUGGGGCUAUCUGCGAUUCAUUUAGUACCGAAUAUGAUCGAAAAGAGACUGCAGAACAUUUUUCGAAACUUAGUGAAUAAUGCCGCAUGCAAUAAUUUAAUUCCACCUGAAACUUGAGAAAAAAUCAUUGGAUAAAAUGACGGUCGUAUGUUUUACGUCGGUAUUUUAUUACACAUCGUCCUGACUCCUAGGAAGCGACAUUACCGUUUUUUUUUUUUUUGCGAUGACGAAGUUUCUCAUUUUUGUUUUGUCGUAUUAUAUUACAAUAUUCGAGAACAUCAUGUCGCGUCGAAUAGUCGGCGACUUGUGCGGUAUCGCAGCUCGCAAAAUGUUAACAGAAACUUAAGCUCAUGCGGUACUUCACUCAUUAAUGAAUGACCUAAAAACAAACAUCUGCGCUACAUGCGUUGCAAACUUUUUUUCGGGUUUGCAGGCAAUCGACAUAGUAUCGUUAUUUUGUUUAUGGAUAUCCAUUUUGCACACAUUAUUUCGCAAAAAUGAUUUCAAUUAAUUUUGACUGAUUUAAAAUGGUUUUCGUUUAAUAAUAGAUAGACAGAUAAUGAUGUAAAUGUUUCUUUACCAUUCAAAGUGCAACGUUGCUAAAAAUUAUAUUACGUUCAAUUUCAAUGACUGGAAUGACAUUUAAAAACUAAUUUUGUGUCAAUAGGAAAUGUUCUACAUUCCCACUUUAUGAGGUGUCCGUUGGCGAGCGUGGGGUUUUAUUCUUUAACAUUCAAAUUGGAGCACAUAUGUCUGCAACAAUUUUACACGUUCGUCUUUCUCGGUAUAAAAUCAGGUUAAUUCUCAUCAAAUGUUGUGAUUAUACUCUGUUUGAAUCUUGCUAUUGCCUGAGAUGACAUUAGAAUAAGCGUGUUUGUUUGUACAGAUAGAUACAUGAUAAAAAUCAUAUAUUGGUCAAUGAAUAAAUGAGCGAAAGAGAGGGAAAAGACAAUAAAUUGAAAUCAGGUUCUAACUUAAAACCGAAUUGCACAUAUCCAUAUCGAUUCUUUCAGACUCUUUGUAGAAAUUUUGAUUGUGUUGCACGGUCCCUGCUUUUAUACAUGCAUUUCCCAUUGCAUACUACGCACAAAGAAUACUGUCUGCUUACCUUCUAUUUGUAUGAAUACAUGUAAAUGAAGCGAAAGCCAUAAAUGAAUGAACUAGAGUUGGUUUAGCGUUCAUGGGCUGCUAACAAACCUGAGAGAUAUAAGUGCAAAUACAAAAAUAUCCAACAUAGAAAAUCCUCGUGAAUGCUAGUCUUCAUUUAUUCAAACAUACACACAUAAAAAAACUGUGUGUGUUCAAUAUUUUCGGUAUACUUAAAUAGUAAUUUAUGUACUAAAACUGCCAAUUUGCUUAAGAAAAAAAUUGUUUGUUGAACUUCAAUUUUUUUCUUCACGUAAGUGUUGCUCGUGUGACUGUACUAAUACCAAACACGGAGGUAAUUUCGUUCCCAAGCCUCCAUUUUUACUCUUGCAAACACAACAUACACGCUCAAAGUGCACUGCAUUUUCGAUUAUUUGCUUUUUGGUAGUUUGUUUCCUUUUCUCAUAGGCUCUCUUCGUGUUCGCUUCUUUUUUCGUAUUUCGUUUUGUUUUCUCUUUCUUCGUAAUUUUCCUUUUGUUUGUGAUUUGCAUAUGGACUUUUCACUAGCCGUAACGAAAAUGUUAAGAGUUGUGUAUGCACCGCACCGUUCGUCUAUAUAUACAAAACCGUCGACGUCGACGUCGUCGUGGCAUGCUGCAAUGACCGUCUUGUUCGUUCUGGUAGUUUUCUUUGAUUAGUCUAUAUGUUACCCGUUUCGGUGGUUACGACAAAAUCAUACCGCAAUAAAACGAAUUGUAUAUGUAAUCCAAACUUUUCCGUGCACAUCUUGCAAAUUUUGUGCUCUUAAGGAGAAUAAAAUAUUUCAACGUCAAAUGCAAUUUAUGGUGUGACCAUGGCUGCAGCAACUGUUUUCUUGAUGUCAAUUCGCUUGACAUCAGCAGAAUUAAUAUCAAUUUAUUGAUAAAGUGAUUUCCAAAUUCCAAAAAGAUGACACCCAUAGAAUGAAAAAAGAACUUUUGAACUCUUUGCCGAUAAAUGAAACGAAAAAAAAACAUCGAGCAAAAAAGAAACAAAUGAAGUUGCGAGCAAAAGUGACACAAGUGGGCAUUGAGCGGAAAACACAUUUUUCUCGCUUCUGGAAAAAGAUAAGAUAGCUGCAUUAUUAGAUUAUUGUCUGUGUGUGCAUGGGGAAACGGGUUAAACCAAUACUUCUCCUAACCAACUUGAAUUGUGGAAAAGUAAUAAAUAAAUUCAAACGAAGACACACACUGAACGAGAAACGGCCAAACAAAACCAAGAUUACAUUUGAAACAAAUCGAAUGAGCCAAUCUGCUUCAAGCUGUGCUUCCGUUAAAAAAAAGUGUGAUACGUGUAGGGGGCGUCUUUGUGUUCAUAUCCCUCAUAUAUUCUCACAAAUUGUUGAUAAAAUUCUUCAAAAAGCAUUUUAGUUUUGGUACUGGUGACAUCAGCAUUUGACAUAAAUAUUAGCGUGUAUGUGUGCUGGUCAAUACAACAGGCGUAAGCCAGUGUACGCUCAGUGUGCAUACUAUCAUACUAUCCGCACUGAUUCACAAGUCCAUUUUCAUUAAAAACAACGACACAGUGCAACGUAAUACAGCAAAGCAAUAACUCUGUGUUCGCCGUCAACCAUGAAGGCAAAUACAAGCGCGUAGACAUAGUGCAUAAAACGAUCAGUAUCUUUAGCUUAUUUUCAUUUUCUAUUUAUACAUGUAUAUCAGGCAUUUCAUUUUUAUUGAUUUGCAAAUCGUUGCAUGCGUUACAGUAAAUUAGUUUAACGUUCUUUUCCACUCUAUGUUACGACUCUCAUGUUUCACAUUCAUCAAACAAUGUAGCAUUCAAGUAUGAAUUAAACCACAAAAAUGUGUUAGUUCUAUAUUGACCGUUUUUCAAGUGUCUCUUUUCCCUUUCUGAGGUGAUGGGAUGGAAGAGAAACAUGGAGAACGAUUUACUGCAAGAGGCCAAUUGUUCGGACUAUUGUUUUUCUCAUAUUAUAUUUUGCACAAUGAAGAAAUUAGGAUUUUUUUCUGUGUAGAUGCAUACUUAAUUUUUAAUAGGCUGGCAUCCAACCAUGUAUUUUUAUUUUUGUUACAGCAGAAAUAUACACUUCAUGGACCUCCCAUAAUAAAUUCUGUGCUUUUCCUCUUUUCGUACAUCGGAUUUCUCGUAAUGAAUUGCCGAACCAAGAGGAAAUUUGAAGAAAAUAAUAAUCGUUGCUAUCUAUGAAGUGGUAGACGCUUGAUUUGAAAUAUUUGUAACAUUCUUGCAAUAAACCAAUUACUAGUUAUUUAUUACGUUUGCCAACAAUUAACUUCUUAGUCACCAGAGACGAUCGUCGUGUUAUUCGACGGCAUUGAAUUGCAUUUGAAUUCAAUUGCGAUGAAACCAAACCUGACAACGCGAUACGAAAAAUAAGAUAAGAAUAUUCUUCGAUGGUAAUAUUAGCCGGACAGUAAAAGAGAUAUAGCUCGCUGUAUGUUGGCACAGGUACUUUGGCGCUUAAUUUCAUUUACCAUCGAUUCUUCAUUCAGUCCUCCAGUUGUUGCUCAUUUCUUAAAUUUCUUUGGCUUUUUUUUGUACGACAAGUCACCUGCUGCAACACUCAUGUUAAUUACAUUGAUAAAGCAAUAUAAAACAUGUUAUAAACUGUGAAAGAUGCAGUGGCAUCCUUCUAGCAUCUAUGCUUUGUUUGCACAUGAUAUUACAAUUAGGUAUCAUUUUGUGCGAUUCUCGCUGACUUGCAUACUAUUUAAGAAAGGUUUUGUGGCCGAGCAAGCAUUCAUUCAACCAAACCAAACUCUUUCUCUUUCACGUCUUGUUUACGCGUCGAAAUACCCGAAGAAAUACAAAAACACGCUUUUGCGCUUAAAUUUCAAGUUUACGGAAGCCGUAUCACUUUUACCGACUUGAUCGGAUUCAGCAAUUAAAACAAGAGUAAAUGUUUCCACUCUUAUUUGUCCAAUGCCCAGCAAUGCGAAUUAUUGAGAAAAUAAUAUUUAAUGAUAACUUCUUCUUAAAAGACUUUGAAAGUGUUUUGAUACUUUGUUCCAUAUGUAACUGAACAAAUAAAAGAGCUAGAAAGAAGCCCAUGUGUUAACAGAUAUGCUCUUGAAUGAAGAUGAACGAAGAAAAACAACAACAGUUUGUGGUUCUAUUUCAAUCAAGCAAAUUCAAUCAAUUUUAAGAAUGAAUACGUCUGGCAUGGGUAUCACCGCAUUUUCCAUCGCAUUGAAACUGCAACCAGGCGGAACAAAGCAUAUUUUUAAAGCAAUAGAGAGUCACUCUUCUCUUUAUUUUUGAAUUGAACUCUCCUCUGAAUUGAUACAGCAGAACCAAUGACGAUGGAUGUAUUGAACCAAAUAAGUUGUUAUUAAGUAAUUAGAUAAUGAUGGAAGCAUAGAUUCUGAAACCGAACAUUUCAGGGGGGUCAAACCAAAAAUUCAUUAAAGUGUCAAAAAAAUCAAUUUAAUCUAGUGUAAAAUAGGUUUCGGAAAAAAGUGAAGACCAAAAAAAAAGUCAUCAAUUUUGAAAAUCAAUUCUAUGUAGUGUAAAAUCAUGAAAUCAUUCUUCAAAAUUCAAUAAUGGGUCAAUUCUAUCUAGUGCGAAAUGUUAAAAUUUCGCCAGCAAGGGUCAAGAUCAACGAGAUCAGACUAUGUCAGAAUCUAUGGAUGGAAGUGAAAAAUUUGGUUUUCACGUAUAAAUCAUUAGAAUGAAUAAACGUGACCACAUUUCCAGUUUUUUAAUUGCUGUUCUCAAAAAUUUUCGACCUCGUGCUCUUUAGUUUCAUUUGAUAUGGUCUACGUCAUAGACUUCAUUAUUCUUCCUAUAACGUUACGUGACAGCCAGUGCAAUAAGAUUUUUGAUCAUUUUACGAACCAUUAAUCUAAAAUACGCAAUUUGAGGGCAUCCUUACUUUCAAAUUAUUUUGACACGCCUUGCGAAGCAAUAAAUAUUUAUGUGUAUUCUUAAUACUGUUGUUAAAAGAAAAUAUCAAGAACAAAAUGCAUUAGAAGAAAAUUUUCUUUAAUAUUUUGUAUGAAUUUCAAGCUAAAAUGCAAAAAACCUAGGGGUUUCACGCAAACUCGAAGGCCGAAGAUUUUACUAAAUAUCUGGAAAUAAAACCAUUUUAUGUGUAAACUA